AUGCCCGAAGUAAAGUCAGCUUCGGAAGUAGAGUUCAGAUUGCUGCUAUCGGCUACGGACCAUAAGGACGAGGAAGAAGAGGAGGUAAAGGAUACGGGAACCAGAUGCAAGACUAUAGCUUUUGCGAGAACUCCGAGGACACAACUCAAGCUCCUUAUCAAUACCGGGAUAAAGGUUGCCUCGGUCAAGAUCAACGCCGCCGCAAGGGACAAAGCUAAGAAGCCUCUUCCGCCCUCGGAAGGAUCUAAGCUUACUAGGAUCAAGAAGAAUGUCCGACAACAGAGAGAGAAGAACUACGGCACCUUUAGGGCCCGUGCCUCUCAGGAAUCGGGUACUGCUGUGGAGAUAGACUCGGAGGAUGGGUUGUUCGAUAGUGUAAUUGGGGAAGAGUUUUUUGGACUAGCUAGAGCCGACGAGGCUAUAGAAGAUGUGGAAGGAAAAGUUGAGAUCACUUAG